CUAUAUUACUUGUCCUAUCUAGUCCAAGGAGCGUUUUCAGCCAUGCGAGUUCAUGCCCUCCGAAGAAGCCUGCUUCUCGGCUCUGCGACCUUCAUUUUGUCCAUAGCGCCUACCGUUGUCGGCUUUGUUGUAUUUGGGUACGGACUAACAGGCAGGAACGUCUUUCCUGUUGGAUGCACUUCAUUGGAUAAUGAGCCCACCGAUCUUGUGAAGAAGUCUUGCUUAUGGCAGACUGCAUUGCCAUCGGUGCAACGUGGUACACACUAGCUAGAUCUCAUGGCAUUCGCCAAGCAGGGAUGAUCAAGGAGUCUAUCUCGAGUGUUCUUUUGAAUGAUGGCACAAUCUAUUUUCUUAUACUCGCUAUCCUGAACACUCUGCACUUGACGUUCACUUAUCUUUCAAUUGCUGAGCCCGCGAUGCAAAUAACUAGCGUCAUAACCAA